UAAUGAAGGUGGUCAGUUGAAACAUUCACACCUAGCUCCAGCAGAGAAGAGCUCUUUGCCCCACCCAGCCAUUCCACAGAUAUAUAAACCCAUUGUCCUAAUUCCAACAGACCUCACUACCUCUGAGGAUGCUUGCCAUAGAUGCAGGCGAAACGUCAGGAGAAAUGCCUCUAGAACAUGGCCCUAUAGCCCGAAAUAACCCACAAGAACCUAGACAUCAGUAAUGCUUGCACAUCCCAUUUUCCAAAAUCUGAACUCUUCCAAAAUUGUCCACCUGGACAAUGUGGUUGGGAUAGUGGCACCUUGGUUCUCUGAUGGUUCAGUGUACUUUCACACACAUCAUUAUUUAAAAUAGGUUGAAUCAAAUGACCUUCAGGCUAUACACAUGUGUAUGAAUUUCAUGUUUAUACUUAAAUCCCAUCUCCAAGAUCUCUCAUUAUUAUGGAUAUACAUGAUGAUAGGAGGAGAAAUGGUCCAGCAUAGUUGGUGAAGCUCAUCACAAAUGGUCAGAUUAGCCCAAGGCGUAUUGGGAGUUUGGUGGGACAAAAUUGUGCUCCUCCCAUGUGAAAGCCACCUGACUUGUCUACAAUGAAAACAGAGGACCAGCAAGCCAAUUUAGGGGACAAGGAGCAAGCUACCCCUCAAAACCAACGGCUUCAGGUGGCACCCAUUCAUCCUCAUGGCACACCCAACCAUUGGCCAGACAGUUUUGGGAGCUGCACUCCCAAAAGUCACUUUCCCCAACUGUAACAGUGCUUCCAGUCAUUCAAGUCUCCAAGUGACACAUCUGGUGUUCCAUUGUGACCUCAACGAAUGACACCUGCGAUUCACUCAAUUGCUGGGAGACCAAGCCAGACUCAAAACUCCUUGAGUUAAGCACCAUCUCAAAACCCAUAGGAGCACCACUCUAAAUCGCACUCCAUCAGGAGGUUGGUAUCCCCACCCAUGGAUGAUGCUGCUGUUCUAAAGAAGAAAGGCUAUAUCCUAGGAGGUAGUCUAGGUGAGAGUUCCUUUGCCAAAGUCAAGUCGGCCUACUCAGAGCGCCUGAAGAGCCAAGUGGCUGUCAAGAUCACAGACAGGAGGAACGUCCCUACUGAGUUCUUGGAGAAGUUCCUGCCCCGGGAGUUGGAGAUCUUGUCCACCGUCGACCACUGCUCCAUUGUCAAGAUCUACGAGAUCUUUGAGACCUCUGGGAAGGUCUACAUUGUGAUGGAGCUGUGCGUCCAAGGCGACCUCUUGGAGUUCAUCAAGAGCAACCGGGGGCUCCCCGAAGAAGUGGCUCGCCGGAUGUUUCGCCAACUCUGUUGUGCUGUCAAAUACUGCCACGACUUGGAUGUGGUGCACCGGGACCUCAAGUGCGACAAUGUCCUCCUGGACAAAGACAUGAAUGUCAAGUUGUCUGAUUUUGGUUUUUCAAAGCGGUGCUACCGAGACAGGGAUGGCCAGAUCGUUCCCAGCCAGACGUUUUGCGGGUCAGCAGCAUACGCCGCUCCAGAGGUGAUCCUCGGCAUUCCGUACCAUCCCAAAAUUUACGAUAUGUGGAGCCUGGGUGUCGUGCUCUACGUCAUGGUCUCAGGGUACAUGCCAUAUGACGACUCCAAUGUCAAGAGGAUGCUCCGGCUCCAGCAGGAACACCGGGUGAUCUUCCCUGAAACGUUGAGCAUCGAAUGCAAAGAUCUGAUUUUCCGCAUGCUCCAACCUGAUGUUGCUCAUCGCCUCCAGAUUGAAGAAGUCUUAAACCACCCUUGGGUGCAAGGAAAGCGCCUCAAGAGAUUUCGGUAAAAGCAAAUGUGCAAUUUUAUCAGGAAUACGUAUUGCUUUGCCAAGUACAAUAAAUAAAUAUUACUUUCU